CAACAAACGAAAAGCGAAUCUCGGGCUAUUUUACCCUCUCAACUUGCUGUACUUUGGAAUCCGGAAGUACAAUUGCUCACAUUUAGUCAACAUCAUGGGCUGAUUUAUUUUUAAUCACGCAAGAAGUUUGCAAGCUUUAAUUUUUUCUGUCAGCCAUGGCUCACGACGAAGAGGAAGAGGAGCUGACCGUCGAGGGGCCCAAGGAGGUGGACAUGAUCACAUCAAUACGUUGCCUUGGUUACCUGUCAAGCCUGAACCUCAUGGUGGCGGUGUGCGUCGGGAUGUACCUGCGCUGGGAGGUGACCAGCGAGCCGAUGAUCCUCGUCAUCUUCAUCCUGGGUCUUUUCGUCCUCGGGAUUGCGAGCAUCCUCCAUUAUUACUUCAGCAUGGAGCAGGCCAGCCUGAGCCUGUUCCACCUGUGGUUUGGCUUCCUGCUCGGCCUCCUGUGCUUCCUCAACAGUCCCGCCUUGGAUUCCGACGUGAAGGAAGUGGUCGCCAACUAUCUCCUCCUGGCCAGCGUGAUAAUGAAGGCGGUGUGGGCCGUGACGGAGCGAUUAUGCCGCUCCGUCCGCGACAGAGCCCUCUUUCUGAAGUCCACCGAGUUCCUCGAGCUGCUCGGGUUUGCCAUCGCCAGCACCACCAUGCUUCUCAACAAGUCGGUGGCCAUCGUCGGUCUCGUGGCGGCUCUGGGCGCGCUCAUCGUGGACUUGAGGAUGAAGUCCCUCCUGGCCUUGCCCAACUUGGUCAGCUUCGCCCUGGUCACCUCUCUGGUGUUUUUCCAAGCCUUGGACAUUGCGGCCAACCCCUUCGCCUUGGGGUGCUACCUGGGCAGGCUGCUGUGCGAGCCCGUGUUGGACGUGUACUUCAGCGGGCUUGGUGCCACCGAACGCUGGAUGCCUGUGCUCACCUUGGGGAACAUGUGGAGGCGAUUGUCCCUCCUGCCCUUGACCCUGCUAGAGCUGACCUUCAUCAUCUUGGCUGCCUUUAAGCUCAGCCACUUGGAGCUGUGGUACUUGGUGAUCCCGGGCUUCUGCCUCUUCGGCCUCUUCUGGUGCAUCUGCCACGUCGUCGUCCUCAUCACAAUCUGGGGCUUCCAUACGAAGCUGAGCGAGUGCCAGAAAGCCUGGCGGGCGCAGCGUUCCAGCAGCCGCAGCCUGGACCAGGUCAUGGCCUCCAGGGGCAUCCGACACUUUUGCCUAAUUUCCGAGCGGCUGAUGUUCUUCAGCCUGCUGUCCACCGUCAUUCUGGGUGCCGUGUCCUGGCAGCCGGCCAAUGGUCUUUUCCUCAGCGCGCUGCUGGUGGUGCUACCGUUGGAGUCGCUGGCCCACGGGCUAUUCCACGAGCUGGGGAGCUGUCUGGGGGGCACCUGCGUCGGCUACGCCCUGGUCAUCCCGACUACAUACUGCGGCGCCGACGGGCAGCCCUCGCUGCUGCCCCCGGAGCAGGCCCAGCAGUUGAACCUGCGCUCCACGGGGAUGCUGAACAACGUGCAGCGUCUCUUCUCGCACCACAUGAUCCGGACGUUCGGCUGCGACUACUCGGCCAGCGGCGUCAGCCUGGAGACGCUGCACGGCAAGCUGCGCAACUUCCUGGAGCUGCGGACGGCGGACGGGCCGCGCCACGACACCUACCUGAUCUUCUACAGCGGGCACACGCAGAAAGGAAGCGGAGCCUGGGCGCUAGCUGGAGGUGAGAGUUUUCAUCUGGCACAGCUGCUGGAGCUGUGGAAGGAGAAGAACGCAGGCCACUGCUCGCGUCUCAUCCUGGUCCUGGACACGGAAAACUCCCUCCCCUGGGUCAAAGAGGUACGUAGGGUAGACGGGGUCUACAUAGCGAUACAAACGGCCGAGCCGUCGGCCUCCGGGCCCGACCCGGAGGCGGGCGAGGCCCCCCUGCUCGGGGACUUCACGUCCGAUUGGGUGGAGUUCAACUGCAACCCGAACUGCGACACGGAGUGGUCCGAGAAGGGACGCAGCGUGGCGGCGGUCUACGGCGUGUCAAAACGCUGGAGCGACUACACGCUGCACCUCCCCACGGGCAGCGACGUGGCCAAGCACUGGAAGACCCACUUCCCCGCGGUGACGUAUCCCAUGGUGCACCUCUCCAACUGGUGCUGCGGCCUCAACCUGUUUUGGCUGUGCAGCGUGUGUCUCCGGUGCUUCAGGAGGUGCAAACUGGCUUGGUUUCCACCUGCCGUUUUGGACACAGGACAGGGCCUGAAACUGGUGCACUCCUAAGCGUGCUCCACGGACACCCGGACCAGUUCUACAAAUUAGCACAAACGUUUCGAUGCAGACUUAAUGAAGUCCCAUUGUAAGACUUAAAUCUCUGUUUAACGAGACGGGAUCCAAUGGGGUUUAAUUUUUUUUCCCAAUUUAUUUAACAUAUUCAAAUGAUAGUAAGAUUCCAUCGCAAUUAUUUUCUAUGAUGAUAUUUUUUCCAGUGACUUUUGCUAAUUGCGGCUUACCAACGUGUAGGUCUUCUUUAGCAUUAUAUAACCAUUUGUUUUGUACAUAUGCAUCAUUUACUUAUAAUUUGAUCAAUAACGGUACAGAUGCUUAUUAAAAAUUAAAAAAAAAUCCAAGAUAAUCUAAACUAAUCUAAGUUUCCCGUGAUGAAACGGCUACAGUCCUCCUUGUAAGUUAUUGAUUUAAAAUUGUUGGCAUUCACGGUAAAGGCAAUUAUUAUUGACACAGGCGAUGGUGAUGGCCAACUGAAAUACAUUUUUUGCAUCAUAGCAAACAGUUUCAUAAAAAUCAUGCGAGUUGCUUGUUGCCCUUCAAACUUUUGAUGCAAGGGGAUAAAUGAUCCUAAUUAAAUAAACAAAAACCACGCAAAAUUCAUACAUGCUUAGUCAUCCUUCAAACAAUGGCAAAAAUGUAUUUUUGCCGUCUCAGGUUGUGUGAAUAUAAAAUGGCCGUCCUACACUGACGAAUGCACUUUGGCUCACAGGUCCCUCUGGUGUAUUGCAACAACAUGAGACAAAGCCCCCUCUCCAGAGGCGUUGAGUAAAAACGGUUUGGGUGAGAAAGAAGUACGAUUUGUAAAUGAAACCAAAAAAGAAAAUUAUAAUUUUAAUAAAAUUAUUAUAUAAAUUAUUGAAAAUGAAUAUCAGGGAAUAGGAAACAUUUUAAUUGGCAUCUUCAGAACAAUAUUGAAAAUAAUGAAGUUUAAUUUCCGACACAUAGCAGGCAAUAUAUUUUUGCAUUUAAACAAAAGCUAAAUUAUGGCAAUAAUUCAAAUACUCAACAGUCAAAAUAGCUGUGUGCCGCCUCUUUCCUGUUAUUGAUCAAAUUCAAAGAAAUUGACCCAUCCAAAUUUUUUAUUUUUAUUAGGACCUGCAUUAUACUUCUCAAUGUUCGUAAUAUCUCUCAAACUUCAGCUUCACUAACUAUGAAGAAUUGAUGCUGCUGGAGGCCUCCGAUGCACAAAAAUGACACGUGCUUUGAAAUAUGUAAUCACGAAGCAGCACUCUGUCCUUUGCUGUCACUUUCCAUCCAAAACGCUGAGAAUUUCAUUUUCCCAUUGUCACGGCAACCGAGAAGAAUGAAGCUUUUCUUCUUGGAAACGCAAGAAGUGAUACAUGUGACCAGCUUGGUAUCCUGCGACAUAACACUUAUAAUAAGAGAAAUUAAAAUGAUUAUAAUGGUAAAUUCUGGGAGGAGUGGGCAGAAAUAUGCCCACAAUUCUUUUUGUUCUAUUGCCUUUAAAAAAAAAAAAAAAAAAACGCUGUAAACUAUAUAUUUAAUGUAGAUAUAAGCCUCUUGGGCAAAUUCCUUGUAUGCUGCCUUAAUUUCACUCCAAUGUGCGCCUUCCAUGAUUGAACGCUGCCUUUCAUCAUACAAAUCCCCCUACGUGCCUCACUGGAGUUAUGUCGGAACAAAAAAAAAUGUAAUGAAGUUAUUUUGACGUUCUUAUUCAUUAUGGUUCCAAUGUGGAGUGUGUCUGGGAGGGAAGUGUGCAAUUCAUUUAUUUGAAGGGAAGCACAUAAAUAUUGGGGAAUGGAGUCAUUUGGAAUUUACACAGAUUUAAUUCAAAUUUUUUAUUUUUUUGCUGAUUGGUUUUGAUGUCACAAUAGCCCAAUUUGAUCAAUGACGUCAUUGAUCGGCUCAGAAAAAGACAUUUACUCCGUGUCGCCAUUGUGCACAGUAUAUCUCAAUCCAAAAGAUAGCUUAUUUUUACAUAAUGGUAUUUAUAUAAUUAUAUUUUUUUUGUCUUUUGACAUAAUACUGUAAAUAUCUGACUGCCAAUCAAAUUAUUAAAAAAAAAACAAUGCGUAGCUCAGACGACAGGAUAAUUUGGUCUUUCAAAAGUGUUUCUUUCAAAAAUGUCAAAAUACUGCAAUAAAAUCUUGUAUUCCGAUA